AUGGCGUUGCAGCAAUCCUCCCCGAUGGCCAAGCUCGAGGCUUCGCCGGUCGAGUCGUUCAUUUCGACUCCUGGCGAUAGCUACCCUUCUCUCUUCUCCGCCACCAGCCCGUCCUCUCCUUCCGCCACCAUCAACCCCAUGGACAUGAUGACUCCCAAGUCCUACGCCGAUGACGCGGAGAGCUCACGCCUGUCCGUCGUCCCGGAAGAUCCCACACCCGCAGACGGCGAGGCUACACCGGAGUCAUCAGACAAGAAGCCGGCGAAGAAGCGGAAGUCGUGGGGCCAAGUCCUCCCUGAGCCCAAGACGAACCUUCCCCCGAGAAAACGAGCCAAAACCGAAGACGAGAAGGAGCAGCGCCGCGUCGAGCGGGUUCUCCGGAACCGUCGUGCCGCCCAGUCAUCUCGUGAGCGCAAGAGGCUCGAGGUCGAGGCCCUCGAGAAGAAGACAAAGGAGCUCGAGACAGCCCUCGAAAACGCAAACAAGGCAAACAAGCUGUUGAUGGACGAGCUGAGCCGUGUCCGAUGCACCUCAGGCGUCGGCGCGUGUGCUUCCUCCCCCCUCGACCCCCUCCGCGACAACCAAAUUACCCUGUCCCAGCAGCUGUUUAGCUCGCAGGAUGGCGUCAGGAUGAUGAGCGACUCCGCCGCCAACCUGGUGGACCAGCUCGUGCUAUCCAACCCCAACCCGACCGUCAACCCCGCGUCACUAUCUCCCGAGCUCGGCCCCGUCUCCGACGCCAAGCCCGAAGAUGUUGUGCGACCUGCCGUGUCACACGUCGGCGGAGGUGCCCAAGUCGUUCACGGACUCGCAGACUCAGUCACCCCUCUUGGCCUGGACUCUGUUCCUCAGGAUGACGCUGCUUUCAGCCUCAGCGAUUCUCUCGGCCUGUCAGCGGCCUUUGACGCAGAUCGCUUUGUCCUCGAAAGCUCGCUUCUCGCUUCUCCCAACUCCUCAACUCUUGACGACGAUUAUCUGGCUGGUGACUGUGCCACCGGCGUCGCGAGUUUCGACCCCUUCAACAUCGACGACUUCCUCAACGACGAGGCAAGCCACGUUGCCUCUGACAUUAUGGCAGCGAGCGACUUCGCCGCUGCGGACUACGGCUUCGAGCCCCAGGUCCACGACCCUGAGAUUCAAGUCUCUUAG